GCGGAUGUGACGUAGAAGGAAGCAGGCUAGAGUUAGUGGACGCUAAUGAUGGCGGCUCUGUACAUCCAUGGUUUACUGUUUCUCCAGUCUCUCCUCAGUCUGUCUAUUCUUAGGGCCGCCGGAGACCUGACAGAUGGGAACAGCGAGCACCUGAAGCGGGAGCACUCCCUCAUUAAACCUUACCAAGGUGUGGGCUCUAGUUCAAUGUCACUAUGGGAUUUCAUGGGCAAUACAAUUCUCACAAGUCAGUAUGUCCGUUUAACUCCUGAUGAAAGUAGUAAACAAGGUUCGAUCUGGAAUAGAAUACCUUGCUUUUUGAAGGACUGGGAGCUACAUGUCCAUUUCCGAAUACACGGGUCAGGAAAGAAGAACCUACAUGGAGAUGGCUUUGCUCUUUGGUAUGCAAAGGAUAGGCUAGAGCCAGGUCCUGUGUUUGGAAACCAAGAUAAAUUUCAUGGUCUGGCAGUUUUUGUGGACACUUAUCCUAACGAUGAAACAACGGAGCGCGUCUUUCCCUAUAUCUCUAUUAUGGUGAACAAUGGCUCCUUACAGUAUGAUCACACCAAAGAUGGGCGCACAGCUGAAUUGUCGGGCUGCACGGCUGAUCUCCGUAAUGCCAACCACGACACGUUUCUAGCCAUACGCUAUUCCCGUGGACGUCUUACGGUGAUGACCGAUGUUGAAGGUAAAAAUGAAUGGAAGAAUUGUGUUGACAUUUCUGGUGUUAGAUUGCCAACGGGCUACUAUUUUGGAGCAACUUCUGCAACUGGAGACUUAUCAGAUAAUCAUGAUAUAAUCUCCAUGAAGGUUUACCAGCUCAUGGUUGAACACUCGCCAGAAGAUGAAAACAUUGACUGGACUAAAAUAGAGCCCAGUGUCAGCUUGUUAAAAUCUCCAAAAGACAAUGUAGAUGAUCCAACUGGCAACUUCCGCAGUGGCCCUCUAACUGGCUGGAAAGUGUUCUUGCUACUUCUCGCUGCUCUCCUGGGUAUUGUAGUCUGCGCUGUAGUUGGAGCCGUAGUCUUUCAAAAACGUCAAGAAAGAAACAAGAGAUUCUACUAGCCAAGCAUGCUGGGAGAGCAAAUUAUGAAAUGUGAACUCUUCUUUUCCAGAACAUGGAUUGUACAUUGCAUUUUCUUAUGUGGGUUAAAA